ACCUAUCCAAAUUCAAUAAAUAUUUUUCCCGAUGAACAAUUAAACUCCUAUUAUCACCGCCGAUCGAGACUCGACUGCAUAAAAAGUGGGAGACAUGGAGACAUGGGAGAAUGUUAACUACGUGGAGUGGAGGUAUCCAGGGAAGUAACCGACAUAUAACAAAUAUAAUUCACAGUCAAACUGAGUUUAAGGAUUCGACACUAGAUGUCUCAUGUUUAUAAAAAAAAAUUUGUACCGUCGAUUGAUCUUCACCGUUGCAAACCUUUUUUGAAGUGUUAAUAAAUACAAAACUUGAAGAGAAUUAACGAGAACGAUAAUAAAAAAGGGUCUAUCGCUUCUGUUGUACAUAUAAAUAUACAAAUAUCUGCAUGAAAUGGACGUCUUGUGGGUCCGUGCUAACAAUAAGCCCGCAACCUAAACGUUUUUUGAGAUAUACAUAUAUGGAGCAGGGAAGUAUGAUCGAGUUAACAUCUGAAUUUGAAAUUAAACGUGAAAAUUAGAUACAAAUAACGUCAAUUUACGGAUGCUUCAAAUAACUUCAAUAAUAAUCAUUGUAAUUCGCGAUUGUAAUUUACGUUUUUUAUUCUGUCACCUCUGAUAGCCAACGGAGCACAACAUUGAAUGGGAGAAUUAGGAAAAUGAACUCAUGUGACUUUAGUCAAAACCAUAAAACAAAGUAGCAUUUAAUAAUUAACUAUAUUAACGAAUACCAAACACUAAUAAUUGAGAUGUCAUCAACGGAAGGGAACUCAGCGCGGCAUAAUGUAAAAUACUUACCCAAUGCCAUAACAACUCUUAAUUAAUCGAUCAUAAUUUCGUCAACAAUCAAAUUAACAAGAACAAUAAAGAAUGAAGAAAGAAGUAAUGGAAGAGGAAUAUAACGUCAGUACUGUGCUAACAACAAUUUUCCAGAACCUGAAGCGGGUUACUACGGAGAUGAGUAAUACUGUUGACAACAAUGGAACAACCAUUCUAGAAUAUGCUGCUAUUUCAUAUCCUAUCGAUGAAACAACACAGGUAAAUAUGGUGAAGACCGUUGCCACAUCAUCACCCAUUAAUUCAACGAGAAUUUGUACGACUACAACCACUGAGGAGCCCUUUGAUGAGUUUGGUCCACCUGACGGGGUAGAGUACAUAUUUGUGCCACUUGGAGUGAUGAUAUUCGUGGUGAUACUCACUGCAGUGGUAUUAAUAAUAUCAAGACGACGAAAAAUGGAACGUCUAAGGCAUAGGCUUAUGCCCCUCUACAACUUUGAUCCAAGCGAAGAAGGUGAGGAUGAUUGGGAAACCGAGUUACUCGAUGAAGGACUCGGACGGACGCAAAGACGACAGGGCUAUCAGUCAAUGGAUAAUGAGGAGAAUGCUGAAUUGUUUAGUCACUGACGUAUGAUUCGUCGUGACUGCAGCGAUAGUAACGAUGAUAAUCCAAUGAAGAUUCCACAUCGUUUUUUAUCAGGGUCCAAGGGUGACGUACACAAUGGCAAUGAUGAAAGAGUGGAAUUGCAGUCGCUCGACGAAGAUGUGUGCUGACAGUGUUCUCGCACCACGAAAAUUUAGCUGAAUAUUGAAACCAUUUCCAUGGGGACAUGAUAGAAUCUAUAUUUUAUCGUUUACACUCGAUGGCAUUCCAUUCUGUAUAAUGGAAAUUAACUUCUUUUCUUCAAAGAUAAUGGAAGGUUAACAUCUUAAACUCUAUAUUUUUCGUGACAUUUAACAUCUUAUAUUUCCAAAGGAGUGGUUCAGUGUAACAUAUCGACUAUACGCAUCUUACGAUAAAAUAAUUGAAACAGCUAAUAAUCGUGCAAAAAUAUGAAAAAAGCCGACUACGCAUCAAUCAAAUCAAUCAUCCCAAUUGGAAUUAUUGAGAGGAUCUUCCUACCUAGGUGGCUUUUUGUAAUUGCUAUUUAACAUUCCGUUCGUACUGCUAAUUCUAGCUGAAAAUUCUACCAUUUAACCAAAAGCUCUUUUACAAGCAAUAUUUAGUGCUAGUAUUUUCGGUUUUAGUUCUUAAAAAAAAACCAAAAAAAAAUUUAUAAGCAAAUAAAGAAUUAUGUAGUGCUACUUUUCCGAAUAGAUUCUGAUUAAAUUUAAAUGUAUAGGUUGUCGUCGGUGCAUUUUUGGGGCUUUUUAGUCAUUCAAAAAAAUUUAUAUAAAUUAUGGUAUGGUAAUAGGAAGAUCUUUCAAAUAUUUUUCUAUAAAAUAUCUAUUUUUACUAAAUAUUUCUAUGCCAUCCGAUUACAUCGUGUUAGCUCUUUAAUUAUUAUUCAAAUUAAUUUCCUUCGAUACCUCAUGACCCUUAACUGAUCAUUUAUACAAAUAGCUAAUCUAACCUGCCCUAUGACAACUGAUGCCAAAGGCAAUAUGAGACUUUUACUCUGUGUAUUAUUUUAGUUCUUCAACAGAUAUUAAUUUAAAAAAUCCAUUUCUUAUAAUUCCCUAAAUUCCAGUAGAGCUGGUAUAGUAAAUGUGUCUAUGCUCAUUCUUCUUUCUACAGCCGUUACUUGUCAUCGGCUGUCUCGAUUUCAUGUUUUGAACAGUUCUAUGAGUCUAUCGAAAGUCAAAUAUGAUAAUAACAAUUAGUUAGUAGAAGUCUAUUUUAGCUCCACCAAAAGCUUGACUUAUUCAGACGAAUCAGUAAAUUUCUCUGAUUGACCUGGCACUGUGUUUCCGAACUGUUUACACAAUAAUAGUGGUUACAUCCUCGUCGUAGCUCCAGGCAAUGCCAAAAGCGCCAAGAGCGAUGCAAAAUAGGGGAUGGCAAAAAAAUUAUUCUCCCAAUCAAUUCAGAUUGGUGAUCAGACGAAAAACCAUAAAUCCCAACAAAUAGCAUCGAAAUGAAUGGUGAAGUUACACUAGACAUUUACCAAUUAGUUUAAUUAAUAAUAAAUGCGACCAGAUAAAAACAUAUUGAUAUCAAUCGUGUCAACUUCAGAACAACUGUCAAGGUGGAACGUUGAAUGUUUAACAGAGGUAUGCCUUAACACUUUAAUGGCAGAUUUUCAUUCUAAUUUAUCGGAGAUGAACGUUCAAAAUGAAAUUGAUCAUUAUCUAGCUAUUUCAUAUGAUGACUAUUGUAGAAUAGUAAUACGGUGAAGGAGUGAACGAGCAAAGAGACAUGAAACAUGUAAAAGAAACAUCACAAAUGGCCAUUACAUGACCAUGAGGACAUGGACAUAUUAUCCUUAAUAACUUCAAUUAGUAAUGAUCUAUUAUGGAAUAGUGAUUGUCGUAAAUAAUUAUCUUAAAUUUCUAUUCAGAAAGAUACAGAUUCUUAUAUUAAAUAUAAAUCACAACGUCGUACGCAUUUUAUGCGAGAUUCUCCAGAAACUUUAUAUUCACCUGAACUAGUUGGGCAUAGAGGAGCAUUUACUUUACUAAUUUAUCAAGAUAUUAAUUUUUUAUAACAUGUGUCAAAAAGAUUAAGUAUGUUUCAUAUCCACAUACAGUCAAAAUUCACGUUUUUUCAAUUUUUGGACAAAUUAUCAGUGAGAUUGAUGUGAGAAAAUAUAACGUUCUUGCGUUUUGUCAUUAGUUGAUGACUCACGUAUUGUCUCUACAGUUUUGUAAUUCUUUUUACAAGUUAAUAAAAAAACGCAGAAAAAUGCUCGCACCCAAUCCCUGAAGAAAUGAAACACAGCAAAAAUUCACCCAUGUUAAUUUUCCUAUGGUCUAUUAAUUUGGGUGAGUUUUAAGACGGUUUGGAUGUGUGGGUUAUUUUGUCUUGAUCGAUUUCUUCUGCCCAGCGUUCGCACCACUUUGCUAUUUUGUGAAUCAUUAAAUAAUGACAAAAGAAAGAAAUGCUGUUUUUUCACGUCAAUCUCACAGGUUUGCCACAAAAAAAUAGAAAAACGUUAAUUUCCGUUGUAUAUGGAUGUAAGACACCCUUAAAUUUUCGAUACGAUUAAAUGUAUGAAAAUUUCGGGCGCGAUAUGGACGAAGUUCCGAAUUGAACGAUGCUUUCCCCACAACAAUCAUCUCAUGCACGACCUUACACGAACUUCUUCACUUUACACGGAGAUAAAUAUUCAAGAAAAAUUACGGAACAUUUCACGUAAUCUGCAAGCAAAGGAAUCAUCACAUAAAUUCUACGAUCUGUUCUGUAAAAAUUACUCAUCCACCCGACGCCUCACGACUAGCUAUGAGUCACCGUGAGGGGGGUAUUUUUACGGAAAAUUUCGUAAUUUUUCCGGAACAUUCGGUAAAAAUUCUUGGAUAUCCAGGAAUUUUUAUGUUCUGAGACAUAAUUGGUCUUGAAAUUCCGUUCGAUUUUAAAAUAUUCAGAAAAAUUAGGUGAUUUUUUCGUAUAUUUUCAGUGACAGAACCCGAAAAUUUACUGAAAGUUCUAGAUUUAUUCCCCGAAAACGAUUCUCGCUGGCGGAUUGCGUGAAAUGUUUCGUAAUUUUCCUGUAAUAUUUCUCUCCGUGUACGCAUUUGUCACACUAAAUCCUCCCUUUCCUCCCUCUACCACUCUCCGCUAAAUGAAUCAGAUAUUUGACAGGUGCAUUCGGAAAAGAGUCACUUGACACACAAGAUUGUAGGAUGUGAAAAUGUAAUCCGAAGUACAUUUUAAUCUAAUUUUAUUUUUGGCUCUUAAUUGCUGUCAAUGAAACACAAAUGUAGCAGAAAUAUUUUUUUCAAAAAAUUAAUAUAAGUUGGGAAGCACUCUUCCCAAUCGUUCCUCAUUGCUGUAGUCACCAAAGGUGAGUGCUAAACACUCUUGGAGCAAAAAAUACUUUUUUCCCAGUUAUCGCACGAUGUUUUGCAUCACUAUGCGUACGGAACAUACAAAGUGAAUUUUUGCGCCGGCACGCCUGAAGUGCCACUUCACACACAGCGUGACGAAUAUAUUAUAUUUAUUGUCGGAUACAUUUCUCGGAGAAGAUUGUUUAGUUUUGAAAUGGCGUGGAAAAAUAAUUGUUUUGUUAAAAAGUGAUUAAAAAGCAAAAAAAAAGUAUUAACAAAUGAUUAUUAUGAAUGCUAUUAUGUUGAAAGUUAUGGUGAAUUAUGGCGUAUAUAGUUGGACUUUAACCCUGUGAAAUCCGAAAUUAACAUGAAUACUAUGUUCUAAUCGUGUUUCACAUAGUCAGACUUGACAACCUUAUCACUGUGAUUAUCAUAAUUGAAAAAGUAAUAGAUAUAAAAAUUUUAACUGAGUAGAAUUUUAAGACUUAUCAUAAAUCAAAGCCUGGUAUGCGGCGUGAAAAAAAAAUGAGAUGUUUUAGAGAUAUUUGACAUUGUAUGUGAAACUAAUUCUCUUGGUAAUGUGUAGAAAACGGCUCAAGCAAUUGACAUUUCUCUUCAGUCUAUACCGUGACUAAAAUGUUAUUAAUUCUUCAGACGUUUUGUUUGCUUAAUAAAAACUAAUAUAAUAUUA